AUGGGUGAUGAUGAGGCUUUUGACUCAUUCUAUGGGAAGCUCAACGAAAUUGUAAUUGCGAAGCUUAACGAAAUUGUAAUUGCUAAGCUCAAUCUCGGUGAGAAGAUUGAGGAUAUGAAAAAUAGUGGGAAGCCAUUCAGCAAAGGAAUGUUUUCAUCCUCCAAAGGUGAUAGGAAGGAGUUUAAGAAGAAAGAUGGAAAGGAAUUCCAAUACCCUCAAAGAAUCGUAUGUUAUGAAUGCAACGGCCAUGGGCAUCUCAAGAAGAAGUGUCCUAACUACUUGAGAGCGAAGGGGAAAGCAUUUGCCACUACUCUUAGUGAUUCUGACAGUUCGAAUUUAGACACGGAAGAAGAGUGUGACAGUGAGGGAAACUACCUAACCUUCAUGACAAUUGCCUUUGUUGACUCAAAGAAUGAUUUGAAGAAAUUGGUUGAUGAACUGGGUGAUAUUUUCGAGGAUGAGGAAGUUGAAGAAUCGGAAGAUGAAGACGUGUGCCAAAAUGAGGGCGAGAACAAUCUUCAAGAAGCAUAUGAUUAUCUGUUGGAAGAUUGUGGUAAAUAUGCCAAAGUUGCGAACCUUGCUGUGAAAAAGAUGAAAAAGGUUGAAGAAGAGCAUAAGGGUAUACUUGUGCAACUCAAGGAAGCAAAGUGUGAAGCAGAAGGACUUAAGGGAAAGUUGGUAGAAGCAUACUCUAAAAUCAAGUUCCUUGAACUUGAAAUUAUCCAGGCUAAUGUCAAGGUUGAGCACAUUUCCACUAAGAAACUUGACAAUGUGCUGUCCUCUCAAAAGUCUUCACAUGCUAGGAUUGGUUUGGGCCAUACCAAAGAAGGAAGCUCUAGCAGCGAACCCAAGAAGGAAAUACGAUUCAUAUCAACCAAGAAAGAUGAGAAACUUAAAGAAGUGAAGCGUGAGACUGAGACCCCUGCUGUAGUUAAGAGAACCGUUGGUGCAAAGCCAAAGGAAAAAGGGAAGUCAUUACCCAAAAAUCAUAGGAGGCCUCAAGUAAAGCAUUUGUGUCAUCAUUGUGGUGCAUAA